AAUGAGUGACGUCACCACUGCCCUACCACUGAGGAAUGAAGAAUGAGGAAGACGAGUCCAUCCACCGAGUACAGCAUAGAAGUCCCUACCAAAAGGUUCCAGGAAUUCUAUUUAUUUAAAUUAAACUGAGUACAGUUUUUUUUUUUAAUAAACAAACUUUAAGCAAGUGGGAUGGUACGCGGGUGCACAAGGGGCGCGUGCCUUCGGUUUAUAGACAGGCACCAGUCAGCGUUGAAUUUCGGCCUGCUGGUUGUCGCUUACAUCCUUUACCUCGUCGUCGGCGCCGGGAUCUUCUCCGCCAUCGAGCUGCCGUACGAAGACGCGCUCCGGCAGGAGCUCAAAGCGGAUCUACGGGACUUCCUGAGGAACAACUCCUGUGUGUCUGACGCGCGCCUGGAGGAGCUCCUGUCCCGCGCUCUCGAGGCCAGUAACUAUGGAGUGUCCAUCCUGGAUAACGACACCCAGCGUAGCUGGGACUUCGUGUCCUCCCUGUUCUUCACCAGCACCGUGCUGACCACAACAGGUUAUGGCCACAGUGUUCCUCUCUCUGAUGGGGGGAAGGCUUUCUGUAUCUUCUACUCCCUCCUCGGCAUCCCUGUUACCCUCUUCUUCCUCUCUGCUGUGGUUCAGAGGAUCAUGUCUGUGGUCACUCGUCGUCCACUGUCCUACUUCCAUCGACGAUGGGCUAUGUCUAAGUCACACCUGGGAGUCAUUCAUGCUGCCUUCCUUGCCUUCAUCACAACCCUCAUCUUUGUAAUCAUCCCUGCAUGGAUAUUUGUCGCUCUCGAAAAAGACUGGAACUUCCUAGAGGCUCUGUAUUUCUGCUUCAUCUCUCUGACAACUAUUGGCCUUGGAGAUUAUGUACCAGGAGAAACUCACAGUAAAGAGUCAAACCCACACCCACACCUCUACCGGCUGGCCAUUACAGUCUACUUGCUGCUGGGCUUGGUGUGUGUCUUGGUCGUCCUGGAGACAUGUUGGGAGCUUCCCCAAAUGAAACGCUUCAGACAGAGAUUUUAUGAAGAAAAACUUCGCGAACUGGACUCAGAGACCACCAACAUCAUCGACCGUGAUCAAUUGAGCGACCAGCUGGCCGAUACUGCAGAUCAUGUGAUAGAUCACCCAGCAACCAUCCCUUCUGUAUCAGAACAGGCUGCGUCCAUACGACAGAACGGGAAGUCAGCGCCUUACACCCUGGCAUCAGGAAGUGCUCUUAACGGAAAACCAAGAUGACAGAUUGUGUGGGCUUCCAGGGUAUGUUAGUACAAACUGUUCUUAAGGGGCUGUGUAAUAUUCUCCAUGCAUGGCUGCACAGGACGUACCGGCUUUGACCUCUUUCUAUGUCUAGAGUGUAUAAGGAGUCUGAACAAAUUUAUGUAUAUAUCAUCAUCUAAGCGAAGUUAUUUAAAAAAGCUAUUGCUCUCUUCCAUUGCCACGAAUGAAGUGUUUAUCAGCAUGGCAUUGUUUCCACCCUUACUGCGCAAUUCCCUGCUGAUAGAGAUCUUGGCACAGAGGAAGGGCUGGGCCCCCCAAACAGAGGGAAACCCCCACAGGUUUCCAUUUCCUGCCAAGUCUUGAUGUUGAAAUUCCAAAGCAGCUCAGUGUGCUCCAGAGGAUUUAACACCCACUCUUGGCACGUUUCAUAAUCUAUGGUUGUAUUUGCAUAGGAAAUUUGCCUUCUUGGAAACAGUAAAGCAGUACCAGAAGAAUCAGGCGUGUCGUCAGUGAGCUCUGUGUACACUAUAUACAGGAAUUACAAAAAGAUCAGGUGAUAGCAAAGAAUACAAAUGUUUUUCUUCCUGGUUCCUUACAAGUUAUGAUUAGCCUUUAGUAUUUGGUGGCAUGUAAGAAAUCAAGUGGUAAAAAUCCUGCAAUGUGUCGCUUCUUGACACUAGAGGGCAGCACUUUCAUAUUACAGAUGGAUUUACAUUAAGCUUUUACUUGAAAUUGCUAUCUCAUGCCGUUUAGGGGAGUAUUUCUUUAAAAAUGUAACCAAGGUGCAAAAAUAUGUCAUUUUUAACACUGUGGGAGAUGAAGAAAGAUGCAGAAAGAAGUUUUAGUAGCAAUAAAACAAAUAUACAGUUAA